GGACGCACAGCAAGUCAUAGCAGUGUGUUCAUAUAACCUGUUGUUUUUUGGGAAGGAAGUUGUCAUUCGAUUAUCACUGAAGGUAUACUCUGAGUUUUCAAAAUGGACGUGAAUUUUGAAAUUGAGAAAGAAGUUAAAUACAAGCACCAUGCAGCUUUUAUGCUGUUGAUAAUUCUGACAGUUUUGGGGUUUGCGGCUACCUGCGGCUUCAAUGCCGUUUCGAAUGGUCCAAACGCCCUGUUUAUAAACAACACAGGGGGUGUGUCUGAUGCUUACUACUUGGAGAUUACUCCCGCUGGAUGGACCUUCUCUAUCUGGGGGAUUAUCUACUUCUGGCAGGUGUGUUUUCUGAUCUACGCCUUGGUAAGUCUGUGUCGUAAGGGACCUAAGGGUUAUCUGUACGUCAACCCAGGCCUCCUACCAGCAGGAACUUUCAUCUUCUACAUCGUCAACAAUCUCUGCAACAUAAGCUGGCUGUUUCUGUGGGACAGACAGAUUUUAUGGGGGGCUCUCAUCGUCAUCGCCCUGAUGCCUUUUACACUCUGGGUCGCCUUGGUCUUCUGUCAUCUGCGCCUUGACUCUAUCGCCUAUCAGCUGAUAGGGAUGAAUUCUGGGAAGGACAUCUGGUUGAUCCGAUUCCUCGUGCAGAAUGCUAUGGCCUUUUACGCAACCUGGGUUACCAUAGCAACGUUGUUGAAUCUCUCCAUGGUGUUGAGCUACGUCACAAAGGCUGUAACACAGGAUGUUGCAUGCACAAUUGCUUUGGGCAUCCUGUCUGCGGAGAUCACCACAUGGUUCAUCCUAGAGACCUUUGUGCUGGACCGAUAUGUGCGCUACACCUUUGCACCAUAUCCAGUUAUAAUCAUGGCUCUGAUUGGUUCCAUGUCCAAGAACUGGGAUCCAACCAAACGCAAUUCCAUAUUUACUGCGGUGCUUCUUGGCAUAGCUGGGGUGUUGACCAUAGUGAAAGUAUCUGUCAUUAUUUAUCGUCAUAUCAAACGACCAUUGUAUCAAAAAGUGGAACCAAUCACUUCCAAACCCUUUUAAUCAUUUUUAUAUGAAUUUCUGUGUCUGUAUACCUCAUUUGUUUAUUGUAUAUAUUUGGAUUUAGAGAUUAAACUCAGUUUGCUCAUUACUCUUUAGGACCAAAGGAACUUUCAGUAGUUCGUCUUUUAGUCAAUAAUACUCCAUAUUGCACAAAUAUUAUUUGACAGUUGAGAGAAGUAUCAUUUAUUAGAUGCUUUAUUAUUUGUACAGUAUAGCUUUUAUAAUUGGAAAUCAUACUUAAAAAAUUUAAAGAGUGCUAAAUUUCAAACAUUAACAUAACUAUUUUUUCUUUGUUUAUAUAUAACUGUUAUUGCAAAAGAAAAAUAAUAAUUAUAGAACAUUUUUAUGUAUUAAGUACAUUCCCUGUGAAGUGUUGGAAAUUGGAAUAUUUAGACAAUGAGGUUAUCUGAACUGUAACAUUUGAAAUACCCUAUCAGUUAAAAAUAUCUUACGAACAACGAAAUUAAAAUACUAGUCCACGUGGGAGAAAAUAAAUCUACUACAUGUAGUAUGCAAGCAUAUAUGAUUUUCUUCACUGAUUGUUAUUUUAAUGUAACUAUUUGUGUCUUCCAAGGCACUUGUACAGAAAUAUUUUACUUAUAUUUACAUUGUACUCCUAUGCAAUGCCAAGGCCAUCUUCCACUUACAUGUACAUCCAUAUUUUUUUGAAUAAACUCUUUUACUUGAAAAA